UGCUCUUCUGUCCCGUCUCUGCUGCUUAUCCCGGGAGCGCGGCGUGGCUGGGUCCGUGCUGCUGCUGCUGCCUGAGCUCCGGUUACCAUGGUGGAGACUCCCGGCACCGGACUACCCCCGGGGCUGGACCUCAUCCCGUUGGACCGCUACCAACCGAACCGGGCCAAAGUGUGCGCCAGCGUGCGGUGGCUGAUCCAGAGAGCGCACGGCGGAGCAGAGCCUGUCCCGGAGGAGCUGCAGGACCCUCUGUACACAGACCAGUACGGACAGGAGCACCUAAAGCCCGCCCUGUCGCAGCUGCUCCUGUCGCCGCACCUGUACGCCCGAGCGGCCCGGGGGCAACAGGGGGCGCCGGGGGGACAGGGCGGGGACCCGGGGGACACUCCAGCCCUGCUCCAGCUCCUCACGAAGAAGGGCAUCAGUGUGAAGACAGAGGAGGGACAGGUCACGGACAAGGAUCUCAGCCAUGCUCCCAUCAAACUGAAGGCGCACAUGGCCCUGGUGGACGGCCUCAUGGCGCUGGCCGCUCAGGACACUCUGGACCAGGUCAAGAUGGCGGCAGAGGUGGAGGCGGGGCCGGGCGCCGCCUGGGAGAACGCGCUGCUCUUCUGGGUCAACAGGAUAAACCAGACCCUACGGGAGAGCACAGAGGAGGAGGAGCAGACGCCCAGAGCCCAAAACUGUACUGAUGUGCAGCCCGCCGCAGACCCGAGCCAGUCCAGCCGCUGGUACUGGAAGCUGGUCCCGAUCCGCUACAGGAAGGACAAAGUGCAGUCCAAGCUGACCCCCACCUUCCCCCUGGUCUCCGGACUCAAGGACCUGUCCAAUGGCUGUGGUGUAGGAGCUGUCCUGCACUUCUACUGCCCCGGCCUGCUGCCUCUGGAGGACGUGUGCCUGAAGGACACCAUGUCAGUGGCGGACAGUGUGUACAACCUGCAGCUUAUCAGAGCCUUCUGUGAGACCCACCUCCACAAGUGCUGCCCCCUACAGGUGGAGGACCUGCUGUACGCACCUCCCCUGCUGCAUGCCAACAUCCUGGUCUUCCUCUCGGAGCUCAUGGACUGCUUUGAGAUCCAGAAGCCGGAGUUUGUGAGACCAGUGCAGCCCGUAGACCUGACAGAUGUUUCUGGAGUCCUGGACUGCACCAGCCCUGUCAGCAGACACAAUAACAGUGGCUCUCCUUCGUAUAUUUUCAAACCACCAUUUGUUCCCAUUCCCCCUGAAGUAUCAGCAGAAAACCAGAGCUGGGCAAAGAAGCAGAUCAGUGGUCCCCUGUCUGCAGUGGCUUUCAGUAUCCCAUUUGGGCUGGACAGUGAUGUAGACAUUGUCAUGGGCAACCCAAUCGACUGUGUGUUUCGCCCCGUCAACAGCGAUGGCCUGGCUCCUGCCGUCCCCGCCAUGACCUCCCCUGUGAGAGCCUACAGCCCCCCUGAGGACCUCAGCCACCUGAUCAGCAGCUCCGCCCCAGCCCCGCACUCCUGGGGACCCUACAUGACACAGCUGGGAGAGCUACCCACCAUCGAGGAGGCCCUGCAGGUCACCCACCCCAGAAAGUCCAGGCCUGAGCCCAGGUUGCGGCCUGAGGGAGCUCCAGCCGGGUUCUACCUGCACUCCCCAGAGAAAGAGGACCUGCCUCUCAGCAGCUCUGUCCCAGCCCGAGGGGGUGGGAGGGACAAGAGGGACAGAGGUCGCUCCUCGGACAUAUCGCGGGACGAUGACUCGGUGCUUAGAGACGGCAGUGUGGACUCUUCAGAGGCUUCCGAUGACACCCCCAGGAACACCCCUGGGAACAUCCGGCCAAACUGGGGUCGUCAGAGCACCCACACCCCCAACGGAAGCCCCCGCAUGACCAGCUUUGCCGAGCGCCGGGAUAGCCGAAGGAGACAUCCUGCUGCACCCGGGGAGGAGGCCAGCUCAGCCCCCACCACACCAGGGAGUCCUGCUGUGGCUGCAGGGCGGCAAGACACUCCCGGGACACCAGGCCCUGAAGCUUUGGCUCUGGGGGCACGUCUGGAGGAGAAGCGCAAGAGCAUCGAGGCACAGAAGAGGCGCAUAGAAGCCAUAUUUGCAAAACACAGACAGAGGCUGGGAAAGACAGCCUUCCUCCAGCUGCAGCGAGAGCAGGGCGAGGGGGGAGGGGACAUAGGUGGGGACGCUACCACUAUUACCACUUCCACCAUGGGGGACACCGAGGACCAGCUUAGCCUGGAUGAGCGCCUCACACAGGUGGAGGAGCAGCUGCAACGGGAGGAAGAAAGAGAACAGAAGGAGAAAGUCAGCGCCACCCCCCCUCGGCUGGAGAAGCAAGUGACCUUCUCUCUGGACAGUAAGGACAAUAAGGACAAUAAGGACAAUAAGGACAGUAAGGAGAAAGAUGGUGGGUCCGGAGGCUCUGGUCCUGGGGUGCAGGAGUACACUGAGGUGGUCCAGAAGCUGAGUGAGGCUCUGGAGUGUCUGCAGAAGGACAUGCAGAAGCUGACACAGCAGCAGCAGCAACUCCUCAGUGGACAGUGGCCCAGGACCACACCCAAAAACUCCUCAAAGAACAAACCCCCUCUCACCGGCUCCAAGACUCCUCCCCGCACCCCAACCAAGACCCCCACCAGGAGUGUGAGUAAGGCCUGGCUCAUCCCCGCAGCCCCCUCUGCAUCCCAUCGUUCUUCAGCUUCUGCUAAAUCACCCUUGUCCUCCUCUUGCCCCGCUCCUCGCACUAGAGCCAUUACAAACCCCCGCAGCCCCAAAACACACUCACGGCCCCACGCACCCCAUCCGCGCCCCUCGGAGCUAAAGUUUCCCCCUCUGACCCGUGUCCUGACCCCCCCACAGAGCGUGGACUCGCUACCCCAUCUGCGCCGCGUGUCUCCCAGCAAAUGCCAAGUCCAGACCUCUUCCUCCUUCCGCAUUGGGGGCCCGCAGACCCCACAGGAGUCCCCUCAGGCAGCUCCCCCACCACAGCCUGAGGACAGCACUUCAGACACAGGGUCCAGCGAGACCCCCACCCAAUUCAGCCUGGAGCUGGACCAGGAGGAGAGGAGCUCCACACAUGACAUUCAGCAGCCUGCAGUACAAAGCAGUCCCUCUGAGUGCUCCCUCCAGAGUGAGACCCUGUCUCUGUCUGCCUUCAGUGUGGGCCCUGAGGGGGGGCAGGUGGACAGGUGCAGCCUGAUGGCCUCUCUGUCUUCUCUGGAGCCGGCAGAGGGAGGCAGUGACGAUCACACAGAUGAGACCCACGAGUUCUCCUCUGACUCCAUGAGCGACCAAACAGAGGGUGCAACCGCAGGAGCCCGAGAGCGAGGGCCCCCACCCAGUGAGUCCAGUGCAGAGGGACUCCCACCCAGUGAAGCCAGUACAGAGGGGCUCACCGAGCACCCCAGCAGUGACACCAGUGGAGAACAGAGUGGAGAGCAGAGUGAAGAGCAGAAUGGCAGUGUCUCAAGAGGAGGCAUAGGCUUCUUCUUCAUGGAGGGCGCUCACAAAGAGGAGGACAUGGCCCAGCGCAGAGCAGCACUGUUGGAGCGACAGCAGAGGAGGAGUGAGGAGAUAAGGAGGAGGAGGCAGUGGCACGAACCCGACCCAGACAACAGACUGGGUGGGCCUGAACAGCGGUCAGCCUCUCCUUCUGGAUCACCUGCUGGUCACACCUCUCCCACCCCUCCAGCCACCCCGGCCCGUCGUGGAGACUUCACUCGGGGGGAGUACACCUGCCGUCAGCAGCUACGCAUCAUGGAUGACCUGGACAAAAUGCUCAAGCAGAAGUCUACCCCGGCCAAGAAGACACGCGCCCGGCCCCGAAGUAUGACUCGAGACGGCACCCAGCUGUCCCUCAGCCCCGCCAAGAGCACCCAAGGCUCUAAAUUGACUAAAGUUUACUCACACUCGUCUCUGAACUUGCCUGCAACUGGUGACACAAAGAACAGCAGCAAUGAACCCAACAAGCCCCACAGCCGUCCCGCCUCACCGUGCAAACAGGACAAGGAGUGUGACCCAGGCUCCAGCGGUCCCUCGUCAGCCCCGGACUAUACAGGCCUGAAGCUGUUCAAAGAGCCUAGCUUAAAGUCGAACAAGUUUAUCAUCCACAACGCCCUGUCCCGCUGCUGCCUGGCUGGGAAGGUGAACGAGACUCAAAAGAAGAAGAUUGUGGAGGAGAUGGAGAAGAGUCCUGCUAACCACUUCCUGAUCCUGUUUCGGGACGCUAGCUGCCAGUUUCGUGGGGUGUACACGCUGAGCCCGGAUGCCCAGGAGCUAGUGCGGCUGACUGGGAUGGGGCCUCGGGCCGUCAGCUGUGCCCAGGUCGAGUCCAUCUACAAGUAUAGCUCUGACCGCAAACAGUUCUGCCCCAUCCCCUCCAAGACCCUGGGCAUGAGCGUGGACGCCUUCACCAUCCCAGGACCACUGUGGCAGGGAGGCGGGGCCGGGGGCGGAGCCAGCAGGAGGGCCAGCGUCACCAAGAAGAGCACCACCUCAGCCAAAUGAACUCUGACCUGUGCGCUGUGCUUCUACAGUUUUGGACUUCCUGUUUG